AUGCUGAGAGGGUUAAGAUCCUUUAUAACCAGACAGUCGUCAAGAUCCUCGUUGUUCCCUAUCGUAUAUCCCGUAGUAUCAACUCCACAAAUAUUUAUUCGACGCACUGAAUCGUAUCGAAAUCGAUACACUCAUUUUUCAGAAGCUUAUCCGAGAAACAUUGGCAAAGGAAGCAUGUUCUGCGGUUUGUUCAUUGUUGGUGGGAUCUGUUUCACCUACUUUGGCGGGUAUGUUUUCAUUGCAUAUGAGGAUCGCAUUCGGGCCUACUCUACUCCAGACAAGAUCUUCCGCUACUUUGCUACGUUGAAGUGCGUAUAUGAAGAUGGCACUUCAGAGGUCUUCAUGACUCCAGACGACUUUCUUCGUGCCAUCACACCCGGUCUCAAACAGCCUGAUGGAUUGGAUCUCGAUGCUUUCAUUAAAUUUGAUCCUAAGAAAGACAAAUUGGACCUGAACAUUCCGAAGGACUCAAUCUUCUACUGCUUCGGCAAUAACGCUCUAAUUUCUUUCACCGACUUCGUUUUUCUCCUGACUGUGAUAUCCACGCCGCAGCGACAAUUUGAAAUCGCCUUCCGCAUGUUUGAUAUCAAUGGAGACGGUGAAUUAGAGGCCAGUGAAUUCGAUGUGGUUCGAGGUGUUAUUCUCGACACUACAGCUAUGGGUCGCCGACAUCGAGAUCACUCUACAACGGGCAGCACUCUGAAAUCGGUGAGCCAUAGCGCCCUACACGAUUACUUUUUCGGAUCUGAUGGAAAGCAGAAGUUGAAGAUUUCCAAGUUCUUGGAGUUCCAAUCCCGACUUCAAGAGGAGAUUACUCAGUUGGAGUUCGAACGUUACGGGCCCAAAGAGGGACGAAUUACGGAACAGGCUUUUGCCAAAUCUUUGCUUACUUAUGCAGGGUUCUCGGAGAAUAAGCGACGUCUAAUGUUGCGACGAGUGAAAAAGAAGUUCCCUGAGGAUGAUGAUGAAAACUCCGUUGGUAUCACAUUUCAAGAAUUCCUCGAUUUUACUCACCUUCUGCGUUGCGUGUCAGAGUUGGACACUGCGCUCACCUUUCACACCCUGGCUGGGGCUGCCAUCGACCCGACCACCUUCCUUCAUGUCUCGAAAGUGGUUGCUCACGUCCAGUUGACACCCCAUCUUGUGGAUGUGGUGUUCACCCUCUUCGACGAAAACGAUGAUGGUCAGCUGAGUUACAAGGAGUUCGUGCAGGUGAUGAAAAACCGCCUAUUUCGGGGCUUGGACAAACCAAUGGACACGGGAUUUAUACGUUUCCUCAAUGCCAUCGUAUACUGUGUCCAGCAUGAAAUUCGGCGACGAUUGGAUUGA